GCCGCCGCCGCCACCGCCGCCGCGUCAGCAGCGUGCCGCACGUGCCCGUGUUUACGUCCCUCGUGGAGCUGCCGACGUCACAGCCGAAUGGCAACAUUGUGGCGAUGCUGAGACUGGAGGUUUAGGAGUCUGCUUUCUGGUUCCGGCUGGCUCGGCGCGGUCGCGGGGAGGCAGAGAGGCGGCUGGGAGGUCGGCCCCGGCGAGCGGCGGACGCGCGCCUCAGCGUCUCUGCACGCAGCUCCGUGGGCUCACGCAGGCCGGCCCGGCGGCCCAGGGCCCCGCGCUGCCGCAGCGAGCGGCUUGUAAACAGAUCCGGCCGCACGUGACCAUGUGAACUACCUGCUCCGGGCUGCGUAUUGUCUCUUCUGAGAGUCGCGCCACAAAGGAGCCGGUGGAUGAGCGGCCGGCGCGCUAAGAUGGCUGAAGGCGCCGGGCAAGGGUGAGCUGGGGGCGCGACCGUCGCGGAGACUCGGCCGGGCGGCCCCCUUUGGCCGGACACCGGAGCUACCAUGUCGUUCGCGCUGGAGGAGACACUUGAGUCCGACUGGGUGGCGGUGCGGCCCCACGUAUUCGACGAGCGCGAGAAGCACAAGUUUGUGUUCAUUGUGGCCUGGAACGAGAUUGAAGGCAAGUUUGCUAUAACCUGUCACAACCGGACGGCCCAGAGACAGAGGAGCGGUUCCCGGGAACAGACGGGGACGUCAGCAUCUGAUGGAAGCCGCGGGCCCGGCAGUCCGGCGGCCAGGGGUCGGCCGGAGGCCGCUGCCUCUUCUACAGCGCUCCGGAGCCCCGGGCCACGGAAGAGCCAGGCCUGGACUGAGAGCGGCUCUCCGCGCAGCGCGCGCAGCCUGAGGGAGGAUUCCCUUCGGGGUCCGCUCGCCAAAGGACCGGAGAGUCCUCUCCGUAGCCCCGUGCGGGCCAAGGCCAGCCCGCACCGCAGAGGCGCCGAAUCCCGAGAUGCGACCGCCGGUGCCACGCCAACCCCGCCGGCGCCCCCGGUGUCGUCCGUGCGGGUGGUGAGUGCCUCUGGGGCGGUCUCCGAGGAGAUCGAAGUCCUGGAAUUGGUGAGGGAGGACGAGGCGCCACAGCCGCUCCCCGACUCGGAGCAGUCGCCGUCCGCCGCGGAGCAGGAGUCUCCGGCUGAAGAAUGCAGCUGGGCCGGGCUUUUCUCCUUCCAGGAUCUGCGGGCCGUGCAUCAGCAGCUGUGCUCAGUGAACUCCCAGCUGGAGCCGUGCCUGCCGGUGUUCCCCGAAGAGCCGUCCGGCAUGUGGACGGUGCUGUUUGGGGGCGCCCCCGAGAUGACCGAGCAGGAGAUCGACGCUCUAUGUUACCAACUCCAGGUCUACCUGGGCCACGGCCUGGACACGUGUGGCUGGAAGAUCCUUUCCCAGGUGCUUUUCACCGAGACGGAUGAUCCGGAGGAGUAUUACGAAAGCCUCAGCGAGCUGCGGCAGAAGGGCUACGAAGAGGUGCUUCAGCGGGCCAGGAGGCGCAUCCAGGAGCUCUUGGACAAGCACAAGACUAUAGAAAGCAUGGUGGAGCUUCUGGACCUGUAUCAGAUGGAGGACGAAGCCUACAGCAGCCUUGCAGAAGCUACAACGGAGCUCUACCAGUAUCUACUCCAGCCCUUCCGAGACAUGCGCGAGCUUGCCAUGCUGCGGAGGCAGCAGAUCAAGAUUUCCAUGGAGAAUGAUUAUUUGGGUCCUCGAAGAAUUGAGAGUCUACAGAAAGAAGACGCUGACUGGCAGCGGAAAGCUCACAUGGCUGUUUUGUCUAUUCAGGACCUCACUGUCAAAUAUUUUGAAAUAACAGCAAAAGCUCAGAAAGCUGUGUAUGAUCGGAUGCGAGCAGACCAGAAGAAAUUUGGCAAAGCAUCAUGGGCAGCAGCUGCUGAACGAAUGGAAAAGCUCCAGUAUGCAGUUUCUAAAGAGACUUUGCAGAUGAUGAGAGCUAAGGAGAUUUGUCUGGAACAGAAGAAACAUGCACUAAAAGAAGAGAUGCAGAGUCUGCAGGGCGGCACAGAGGCCAUCGCUCAGUUGGACCAGCUGGAGGCGGACUACUAUGCCCUGCAGCUUCAGCUGUAUGAGGUCCAGUUCGAGGUCUUGAAGUGCGAGGAGUUGCUACUGACUGCACAGCUGGAAAGCAUCAGACGACUCGUAUCAGAAAAGCGAGAUGAAGUGGUGUACUAUGACACUUACGAGAGCAUGGAGGCCAUGCUGGAGAAGGAAGAGGUGGCUGCCUCUGUGCAUGCGCAGAGGGAAGAGCUGCAGAAGCUGCAGCAGAAGGCUCGCCAGCUGGAGGCACGGAGGGGCCGAGUCUCAGCCAAGAAAGCCUACCUCAGGAAUAAAAAGGAAAUUUGUAUUGCAAAACACCAUGAGAAGUUCCAGCAGCGUUUUCAGAGUGAAGAUGAAUACAGAGCCCAUCAUACAAUACAGCUAAAGAGAGACAAAUUGCACGAAGAAGAGGAAAGAAAAAGUGCCUGGGUUAGCCAAGAGAGGCAAAGGACGCUGGAUAGACUGCGAACAUUUAAGCAGAGGUACCCUGGACAAGUCAUCCUUAAGUCAACCAGAUUACGAGCAGCUCAUUCAAGAAGAAAAAGCACGGCAAGUCCUGUGCCCUGUGAGGAGCAGUGUGACUCUCUCCCAGCAGUGCUGCAGGGGGAGGGGAAAGCAGAGGCGGGAGAAGGAAGAGGCCAGCUUGGGUCUUCACAGACAGCAGAACCCCGGAGCCUUGUCCAGCUUGAAGACACUUCAUCAGUACAACUUGAAUCCACCUCAUUACCUCCUCGUGCUGUCACCUCUGAACGGCCUCCUCCUGAGUCAGCUCCACUGUUGACCAAUAGUGACCCCGAACGGUGUUCUGUUACUAUAGAUCCUCUCCCAGCCCCUCUUCCUCCAACACCGCCCCCUCCCCCUCCACCCCCUCCCCCUCCACCCCCACCUCUGCCGGUUGCAAAGGACAGUGGAGCCACCACCCCUGCAGAGACACUGGAGAAAGAUGCACUUAGGACAGAGUGUGGUGGGAAGGGAAUCCCCAAGUCGGCCAGCGCACCCACAGCACACCUCUUUGACAGCAGCCAGCUGGUCAGCGCCCGGAGAAAGCUCAGAAAGACUGCGGAGGGUUUGCAGAGGAGGAGAGUGAGCUCACCCAUGGAUGAAGUGUUAGCAUCCUUGAAGCGUGGUAGUUUCCAUCUGAAGAAGGUUGAGCAGCGGACUCUGCCUCCCUUUCCUGAUGAAGACGACAGUAAUAAUAUUUUGGCGCAGAUAAGGAAAGGGGUAAAAUUGAAGAAGGUUCAGAAAGAAGUUCUGAGAGAGUCCUUCACGCUUCUGCCUGAUGCAGACCCGUUGACACGGAGCAUCCACGAGGCUCUGAGAAGAAUUAAGGAGGCGUCCCCAGAGUCGGAGGACGAGGACGAGGCUCUGCCUGGCACAGACUGGGAGAACUAGCAGGUAACUUAACAGAGAGAAGAAAAAUACCCAUGGAUGAAGACUGGCUCUGAUUUUUUGGGGGAAAGUUUAAGCUCUUGGUCCCACAGUUGGAUUCCAUUAGAUCCCGAGUCUAUUGACAACAUGGUAUGACACACAAAAGGAAGGAGACAGGAGGUUAUUACUGUUCAGUCACUCUCCUCGAUAGUGCUGACGUCAGCUUUGUGUGCAAUGUUCCUGACUGCAGUGAGAACAAGCGCCGGGGGACGGCUGUUCUUGCACAUUCUUUUCCCCGUCUGCCCACUCAUAGUCUCACCGUGGCCAGUCGUGUCCCUGUGAAUUGGGAGAGCAUGGGGUUGGCGUCCUUCUGCUGUGCAGGCUGCUUGGGAUUCAUCUUCCAGGGAACUGAGAAGAUGCUUGCUUGAAGCACAGCUGCUUCUACACCAGGUUAUAGAAGCAGAGUGACAGGCUGACGAAGAUGUUUAUCAAGGUAGUUAUGGUCAGGAAUUAAAAGAAAACAACACGAAAUGCACUUAAAAUGUCCACGUCACUCACUCAUCUCCAAAGGAGAUGUUCAGUACCUGAGAAGCCAGUGGAGAUAGAUGCCUAUUGUGUGCACUGAAACAUGGCACAUUCUAACAGGGCAUAUUUUUAAGAGGCCACAGUCUUACAUUUUGUAAGAGUUUGAAGUUAAAAUUUCCAUGCUUUUAAAAUAGCGUUUCAUAAUUCUGUAUUUAGAAUAGUUUGAAUUUUAUGUGCGUCCUGUUUAUGAGAAGCAAUGCUUUGUAAUUUGAUAAUGUUACUUUUAGUCUUUUUGUUUGAACUACUGCUUGAUUACUAUAACUCAUGACUUUCCUAUUGAGAAUCAAAAAUCAGGAUUCAACAGUAGGGAUACAAACAAAUUACAACUCUUUGUAUCAUGCACCAGUUUAAGGUUUAUUGCUGUGCUCCUGGUGGGGAGCAUGUGUUGAGUAAAGGUCUGGAAGGCAGCGGGCGGUCCCGAGAGCCUCCAGCCGUUAUUUCACCGUCUUUUUAUUCCGCAGCUAGAACUUUAGGAGAGUGUUUGUUGCUGUGACUAAGUCUUUAAACUUACAUGGGCAGAUCCAGUGCUGGCUUGGCUGUGUCUGUAAGGGUCCAUUUAUGAGUGGAGCUGGUGCUGCUUGUCAGUGCGGACAUGCCUGUAGGCAGAUAUGCAGGACCCGUUUCAGCACAUUAUAGUGUGUGCUAAUGAUGGAGGAGGAAUUAAAAUACCAAAAAGAACUUCAUUCUUAGAACAUUCUUCCCCAGCUUUGCCCACCUGAAAGCCUCGCAGUGUCUGCCUCCAGGAACAUGGCUCCCUUCUUGUCACUUUUAAGAGAUGUUUCUCUUUAAAUUAAUUAUGAAAAAUAUUCUUGUAACGGGUUAUAGAAAACCAAAUCUUUGCACUUAAAACAUUCAUGUUUAUUGAUGAGACUAGUAGCAUUUACUUAAUGUAUUGGUUUUAGUCCUAGCAUAAUUCCCACAUCUUGUCCACAACAAUUAAAGCAGCUCUGACAGACAAACCUCAUUCCUAGAGGAACUCUGUGCCCUUUAUACCCCGUAAGUACCAGAAUGUGUCUAACCCAAAAGCCAUUGGCUAGAUAAAAAUAUUUGAAAAGCUUCAAAACUUAGAAACUUUCUAAAAGUCACCUAUCAUCCAUGCACUGUAACAUUUACAGACCUACCUGUCCGUCCGUGCAUUGUAACAUUUACAGACCUACCUGUCCGUCUGUCCGUGCAUUGUAUACCCAGGAGCUCAGUUACUUGCUUCUGAGACCUGGCCCUGCUGUGUAGCCCUGGCCAGCCUGGGACGCCCAGGUUUGCCACAGCCCUCUUCUCUCGUCUCUGCUCUCUGCCUCUGUUACAGGCGUGUGGGGGGGGGGGGGGCUGGAUUUUUUUUUUUUAAAGAUUCAUUUUUAAAAUUACUUUGAAUUAUGUAUACAGAGGCUCUGGCUUGGUUACUGGGAACCAACCUUGGGUCUUCUGAAGUCAUAGUGCAUGUUCUUAAUCCUAGAUCCAUCUCUCCAGUCCCAUUUUUUUAAACUUCAGAAAAAUCGGGAGUAUAAUUUAACAAAAGCCAUUGUGUUGUAAUCAGUUUUAGCAGCAGACGCCUAGGCUUUGUAGGUGGGGAUGGAUGAGGACAGGGAGCACCUCUGAGCACAUCCUGACAUCCAAGACACAGCACGGAGCCUUCAGCCUGUGCUCGAGGAAGUGAUUUCCUCCCAACAUGCCAUUCUCUGCCUCGGAUUCUUGUUCUCAAACUGGAGUGCAAGACCUCAUGUUCCACCUCUAGCAUUGCUUCUUAAUCCUCAAGGAAAGAUUUUUACUUCACAAAAUCACACACACUGGAGUUAUUCAUCAUAAUAAAAUUUAAAAUAAUUCGUAUACAUUAUCAAAUCACCAGACAAGUUCUCAUUAAUUAAUUUAAAGUGGCUUUAGGGCCCCGGAAAAUGACAGUAAGCAUGGUGUGUUUUUCCUCCCAUCUUAGUUUCCUAAACACUUAAUAAAACACAGAGCUGCUGCUUCAGUUUAGAUGCAACCGGGAGACCAGAAGUGAUGAGCUCUGGCCUCACAGUUCAUUCACGUCCUCAGUUGUCAUGGCGUCAGCCAGUGUGUCCAGUUCCUCGUGUACCUGCAUAUUUUAUACUGGAGAUGGGAAAGCAGGAGAUGACUUGGGAUGCUCAAUCUAGUGUUAUUCUUCAUACUUGAAUGUCAGUUUCAAUAUUUCCCUGAUUCAACCCCAAUUAUGUACAGCAGCCAGUGUACUAUGUAUAGAAAAGGCAUCUCUCGAUUCAAAGUCCUCAUUGCUUUUUUAGCAGUAAGAGUUGCUGGAGAAUGAGGACUUUUAGGGGCUAAGCAAUGACCCUGUUUAAAGAGUGCUUUAUAUGGGGUAUGAAGUUCAUGAGACAGCCUGAAAACAAUCAUUCCUUACUUGUUCAUUGUGCACUUAAAACUUUUUUGCAAAAAUCUUUCCUUUCCUUCCUGAGAUAGGUGUAGCCCUAGUUGUCUUGGAACUCCCUCUUUACACCUCAAACUCAGGGAUUUGCCUGUCCCUGCCUCCUGAGUGCUGGGACUAAAGGCUUGUACCACUACACCUGUCGCAAAAUCCAUUUUUAAAAAGAUACUGGUGUGGUGUGGACUCUCCUCCAGUGAACACAGACUCUACAGUGCGUGUGUUCAGAGGGUUCUCUUCUAUAAACACGAAUGUAGAAUCAUUCUUGGUGCACAGUCCUAGACUGUGGUGAGUUAUGCAGACACCACACACUAACAAUUAGAGUCCAGGAGGACACAGCAUGGCAGCCAGCACCCACAUGGCAUGGGGUGUUGAUGCACUUGCAUUCUCUGGACACCCCACCCCCAGGAGACUUCUUUUUGGAAUUCAUUCACAGAAUGUGAUAUUUGUUUAAACCAGUGCUUUUCACCCAGCUUUGUAAUACACUCACCUCCAGACCCCAACCUACAAAGUGACUUUGGGUCUUCGUUGGGCCUGUCAGGGAGUUUCGAGUUUCUUACACUUCACCAGGUAAAAUAGCUAAAGAUUGACAGGACAUUGCAAACAGUGCAGACAGCUUAAGAUGCAGUGACGGGGAGCAGACACGUUUAAGGUUUCUGCACUGACUAUAAAUGAUUAUAGAAAGGUAAAUGUGCGUAUUGAACAUUUUCUUUGUGCUUGGUGUUGCCAGUGAACCAAGACUUGAGACGGCAGAGGGGGAGAAGGCAGAAGCACUUAGUGCUGAGCACGCUACGCUCAUGUCCUACUACUGGAGUAGUCAGGCCCGAGCCUUCCUGUUGGUUAAAGCACAUUCAAAUCCUGCCUAAUUGCUUCGAAAUAUGAGGCAAUGGUAUUUUUUAAUCCUAUAAAAUAAUGUAAUUUAAAAGGUUUUCCUAGAAAAUGAGUUUAUAUUGUUAUCUAAACUAUGCUGUGUGUAAACAGAAACUUAAAAGUAGGAGGCAGGAGAGAAGGAGAGAGAGAGAGAAGAGAGAGAGAGAGAGAGAGAGGACUCCACUAAAUGUUCCCCGAAUUAAAGAUGUACUUAUUUUAACUUUUUUGUUUUGCCCACAGUAAAUGUACAAUUUGGCAUGUGUAUGAUGAUUUAAUGGAUUGGGUUCCAAGUUUAUGAGUGCACUGUGUCUUCAGAGCACACUCACUGGGCCUCUGUAAGGCGCAUGCACAGAACAUGCCUGAGGCUGCAUGCUACAGUCCUCACGACUGCUGCCUCACGCUGACUCCCAGCCGUUUGUUCUGAGAGGAGGGGAGUCUCAUUUCAUCUGUGUCUUUGCAGAUUCAGUUACAGUGAACAGUGGCUCAGUUUGGCAUUGGAAGUAUGUAGGAAAGAUCUUGAAAUGUUUAAAAACAGAAGGUGUGGAUGUUGAGUUUUAACAGGAGGAAACACUUUUCCUUGCAUGUUGUAUGUAAGUAUGUAAGGGGUAUGAUGUGGUAUUUUAGGUUCUCCGUGCACAUUCCACUGCCUUUCCUGUAAGUCUUUGCAAUUACUGGUGGCAUCUCCCUUCUGUGUGGUUUCCCCUUCAUUUGUGUGAUAUAACAAGGGUUGCAUCCUCUAGCAGUUUCUUACAAUGUCUUUGACACAAUCCCCACUGCCUUGUUGAAUCUCUCUCUGUACUGUAUGCACUGCCAAGUGUGAAACCAUAAUACAUAGUUUAUUGAGAAAGGGAAGGCUGCAUGAGUAAAACCCACUGGGGCUAAAGGAACCGACACGUUCUUUUCACCAGUUUUGGGUAAGUGAGAAUUACAGUGGCAGACUGACUCACCAUUACUAGCUUUGUACAAUGUUAUAAAGGCAGAACACUAUGCACUGUGCUUGGCUUCACAGAUGGCUUUCCCACCACGACAUUAAGUGGAUUGUCCACAGCAUACUAUAAAUGCCAUCUCUUGCAAAUUUAUAUACCCAAAUACGCUCAGCUAACUCAAGUGUUAGCAGUAUAAGCAGACUCCUAAACAGGCAUUUAUAGCAAUACUAUGAAUCUCCAUCACUGUUGACCGCCGCCUUCUGCUCCUUAGUGCAGCCUUUCUGCAUCGUAGUUGCCGCGUUUCUUACCUCUCACACUCCUGACUUCAGAGUUAAGUUCUUGCUCACCCAGUGUUGCACUCACCUUUCGUAUUGUACAUGCAAUGUAACAACACAGUUUUGGUGCUUAACAAAAUUCCUUUUUUCUUUAAUAAAGGAUAUUUAUUUGAAUUAA